AUGUCUUUCGGCCAUUUGGUUGUCAAGCCCGCCUCUGAAGCUCAAGUCCAUGAAGCUCAACUUCGCAGUGGUGCUUACUGGGGUGUUCGAGCUGGAGUAUCUAUUGACGAUUUUCUGAAAUUACACCCCGUUCUCCAGCAAGGGGUGUUUGCAAAGAAUGGGAAACUCCAGUACUGGGUCCUUGUAUCUAAAGACGAUCCGGAGUCGACUGGUUUCUAUGCAUCCUGUCAAGUUCUCGCCCGGGAUAUUUUGACUUUACAUCCCGGUCAGACUUCGCCAUCUUGCGGCUUUGGCCAUGCAAUUUCUUUCGUAAUUGUUCCUCCCGAACACCGUGGCAAGGGAUAUGCCCAAUGCUUCAUGUCACUCCUACAUUCUGCUCUAGCCCCUCAUCGUUAUCCCAAUAUCCUGCAGGUACCUACUACCACUAGCCGCCCCAGCUCGGUCAGCGUACUAUACAGUGCAGUUGGGGACUAUUACGCCCGUUGCAUACCAGUGGCAGGGGAAUCAGGGUGGAUUCAACAGAAGUCUUGGCGUACUACUUGGCCAUUAUCCAGCAUUCGCAUUCCUCCCAAGAAAGCAAUCUCACUCCCAGUUGAGUUGUUGUCAGAGUCUGAUGUCACAAAGGUCCUGGACUCGGACGACACACUGGUUCCCGCCGAUUUGCUUGAACUUCAAAAGAAGAAUCCCAAGAAGACAUUCUUCGCUUUCGUUCCAACUUCGCCGUUGAACACAUAUUUCCUUACUAUGAGUAAACUCGCCAUGGGUGGCCUAUCUAAUAAUGCAUGGGGUGCUCAGAUCCCGGGUUCCAAGGACUUUAUGACUUGGGUCAUCUUCAACCAACCUACGCUGAAGGUCGUUAUUACUCGCAUUCGUGCCUCACCAGAGUCGUUCCCAGUUUUGCUCGACGCGGCACUUCGAGUUGCGCAAGACGCAAAGUGCGAAGGCAUCGAAAUAGGCAACAUCCCUGCUCAUUUGAAAGAAAUAGCCAAAGCAAGCGGUGGAGUAACAACCCGAUGGGACGACCAUCUUCCGGCUUUCAAGUGGUACGGGAGGGCUCUGAAGCGGCUGGCGCGGAUGCGGUCUGGGCAAUGGAGGAGCGGUAUAGCUGGUGCUAAGGGCACAUAA